CUUAGGGUAAUUUAUUCUUCUGUUAUUAUUGGCAACACAGCUAACUUUCUUAAUCAAUUUAAGCAAAGCAGUAGUGUAAUGAGAAAAUAUGAAUAGUGGUAGACGAACAGCUCGGCAAGAAGAAGAACUCCAUGUUCAACGCAGAAAUGCUGAACUUCGCAAACAAGAACAUUGGAAUAGUGUAGCUGAAUAUUUCAAGACUUGGGAUGUUAAAGCUUCUAAAUAUGCUUCAUGGACAUCGGAGGACUAUUUUAAGCAAAGUGAAGAGGCUCGAGUUGAAGCUGAAAAUAAAGAAAAGAAGAAGCAAACACUUGAUGAACGCCGAGAAAAGUUAAGACUAGUCCUGGAAUCGGAACAAAAGUUGUUUGAAGACGAAAUUAAGACUAAAAGACACGGUGGUGCCAGCUGGAUGCCCCUAGAUGAGCUAAAAGGUGUGAAUCUUGAGUUGAAGCUCCGAUCCGAACAAGCUCGGAGAAGGGAAGCGGAAUUAAUUCAGUAUCAGCGUUGGAAACAAGAACAACCAACACUGAGAGAUCUGGAAAGAAGGCAACAUCUCGAGUUUAUGAAAAAAUCUUGGAUAGAUCAAGUAAAAGAACGAGAGGUUUUGAGAGAAAAACAAAAAGCAGAGGCAGCUCUACGUGCUAAGGAAGAAGAGCUUAAACAAAAAGAAGCAGAAGAGUUUGAUAGAUUGCAUUUAAAAAGAAAGGAAGAAGAGUUAAAAGAUCUUAAAUCUCAAAUCAAAAGACAAUUGGAAGAAAUAAAGGCAAGUGCUGAGAAGUGUAAAGAAAUUGAAAGACAAGAGGCUGAAGAAAGAAGGCUUCAAGCAGAAAUAGAAGAGAUGAUCAUCCAACGGAAGUUAGCUGAUCAGAAACAAGCACAUAAGCAACUAGCGGCUUUCUGGACUCGGCAGUAUCAACUGAAGCUGCAAAAGAAAAACAAAGAGAUAGAAGAAGAAAUCAUACAGGAUCAAAAAAUGUUAGAACGACUUGAAGAAGGGUUGAAACGUGAAGUAAAAGUGAAAGCUCAUGCCAGAGAAUUUGCCAAAAAAGAAAUGGAACUUGCUCUGAAAGAACUUCAAAUGCAUAGGCAAAGAGAGCUUCUAAGACAAAAAGAAUAUGAACACAUGUAUUUUGAAGAGGCAAAACGAGCCUGGGAGAUUCAAGAAAAGAAAUGGAUGCAAGAGCGUCAAGCCAGGGACCGCUUAAUGACCGAGGUCUUGGACACAGUAAAGAAACAGAUAGAAGAGAAAAUAGAGAGAAAUAUUGCUCAGAGAGCUGAAACUCUCGCUGAUAGAGAGCAGAUGAUGAUAGGCAUCAAUCGUCUGUACGAUGAAUGCAGCCUACGAGAGACGGAGAUGAAACUGGCCCAGGAGCACUAUCGCAAAGACUUGGAUGAUCAGAUUGCUCAAAAAACCAUUGAAAAGGUAAAGAAAAUGCAGGAGGAAACUGAAUUUGAACAAAAACAAAGUCUGAACAAGAAGGAAGAAGAACAAAAGCUUGCAGCAGAAUUGGAAAAACUGCAAAUUGGCUUUGAAAAAUACAAACCUCCGGAUUUCCGUCGUCGUCGUGUUGUGUGGUGAGAACCAACUCCAAGUUUUGUGUGAUGUGUUACCAGACUGGACGUUUUUUAUAUGUAAUGUUCCAAAUAUGAUCUCCAAUAUUUAUUACGUAAGAGCUUUAAGCUAUGUAUAUUUUGUUAAGUCAUGAGAAAAUGUUGUUGAAAAGAAAAGACGUAUUUGUGUACAAUCUGUGAAAUAUCUUAGUUCCUGUUAUCAUAAUGACUGCUUUUCGCUGUUUGUUAAGGUUUUUGUCAAAGCACUCUCAACACUUAAAAGCAAUGGUCCAUUGAUGUAAUCAAUAUUAAUAGAUUUUCUCAACAUCAAUCUAAGCUCAGCAAGAUGACUUGAUUUUGGCUUUGUCCAUAUAAUACAUAAAAUUCAAAAUAAUAAAAACAAUUAUUUUGAGACCAUAUUUAUAAAAGAUAGUUUUGUUUGUAAAAGUUGACCGUAAACUAUAACCCUUCGUACCUAAAAGACAGACAUUUUAUAUUAUCUGUGUCUUUCCAUUAAGUGUUUGAUUAUAAAUUAGUUUUCCUACUUUAUAUUUCUACUUCAACAUGAAUUACAGGGUUAAGUGCCUUGAAAAUAUGUUGAUGAGCUUCCUAGAUUUUAUGGACACAAUAUUUUACACUGUGUACCAUAAUUGUAAUUUUCCCAUCAUGUUGUAAUUUUAGAAAAAAUUAGAAAUAUCAUAAGCUCUGUUUUUCCUAUAACUUUUUCUGGGUUUAAAUUAAAUCAUGGUGUAAUUUAUAUAAUUACUUUUAAUUUGUUUGGUAGAUUGGUUCUGUUUAGUACGUUUUCAACUUGGCAGUAAAAGACUAAAAGGUGUUUCAAUUUCCUCAAGUUUACUGCCAGAAAUGUAAAAGGUUUAGCUUAAGUAAUUUGUUCCAUGGUGUUGUGUGUUUCUUGUUAAAUAAAUAGUUAUUUAGUGUAAUCAGCAUUUUCUAUGUCUAAAGCUUAAAUAAUUGCCUGGAGGUGUAAUUUUCUUCAGUUUAUAUUCUUUUAUUUAAAAAAAUUCCUUCAACACGAGCCUUAAUUUACUCCUAAGUUGCUGUCUUACUGAUCUCAUUAUAGGCUUGGAGUUUGCAGGGUUCAAGUUUUGUGUUAUUUAUUUUAUUUAGUGAAUGUUUUUCUAAUUCUAUUUGUUGUGUACCUAUAUUUUAUUUACUUAAGUGCAAUAUAACAAGUACCAUGUCCCAGAUAAUACAGUAAAUUUAAAUUUAAAGUUAACAAUUCAAUUCUACGGUACUGUUUCAUAACUUUAUUCCAUAUAAUAAUAUUUAAAAAAACAUUUUCCCUAUCUAUAAUAUGUUUUUAUGUUAAUAAAUCUGUUUGGAAUGAAAAUAACUCCUUCUUUAUGUAAAAUCUUACCUCUUGCUCUUGCUAUUCUUGUAUUCUAUUGAUAAGAUACUUGUUCAUCGAAUUUUACUUAUUCACAAACUGGUGAACCUAAAAUGCCAUCUCACAUUUAUGUGAAAGUGGAAUGAAAUUGAUCACAACGUUCAGGUUAUUAAUGCCCUUAAUAAUAUUUAUACAAAGGUUUUUUUAUUGUCACCUAGUGCCUUAAGUGUAUGCUUAGUGAUUUCAUGUAAUAUUUUUAAGUCUGUAGAAAAUGCAGUUAUUUAUUGAUUGCAAAUAUGUUCAUGAUAGUAUUCAAAUGUCUUGUAAGUCUUACCUGUGUAACCAUCAAUCAUUACUCCAUCAAUUUACAAACGAAUAUUUUCAAUAUUUUGGUAAUAAUACAAUGCUGUAGAUUACGGUGAUAUGAUUUCUUAGUUAUGAAUGUGUCAAAAGAUUACUAUUAGAACUUUCAAUUGUGUUUGUCAGAUGAAUGUGCCAUUACCCAUCACAACUAUAAUACAACUGGCACAUGAAACUAGACGUAUUGAUACCAAAUACAUUUAUCCUGAUUGAUAAUACAACUAUGGUAACAUAAUAACUUUUCACAUUUUUUUAUUUUUUAAUAAAGAGCACAAUUUUGUGUCAAUUUAAAAACCAUCCAAAUCCAAUCCUUUAUGAUCUGAAACAUAUCCAUACCUAACCCUCACUAUCAAGUCCAAAUUGAAACCAAGCUAAGAUUUUACUUUCUGUGGGCCUACACCUCAUUUAAUUCAUAUCCAUAGCAAAUAGUAAAUAUAAAUAUUGAAACGGCAAUAUUUUCAGGAUAACAUUUAUUGAUAAUGUGAUAAGAUAUUGUAUGUAUUCAAGGCUUAAGUGACAAACGGGGAAUAUGCAAUUAAGUUUUCCAGUACACUGUAUUACUUAUUGAUGUUAAUUGUGUAGGGAAUCUCAAGAAAACGUUCCAUUAAUUUUGUAUCCAAAUAUUUUCUUAAUGGUGUGAUAUUUUUGCAAUAAAUUGUUUAUAACAUA